AUGGCGACCGAAACAACCUUCGACAUUGUCAUCGCCGGCGGCGGCACCGCGGGUUGUGCUCUGGCAUCUCGACUCAAGCAAGGAAACAAGUCAUUAUCUAUCGCCCUCAUCGAGCGAGGAUCCGACGACCAUACCAACGAACUCGUCAUGAACGCUUGGGGCCGAACACGGCUGGAAGGCGCUGGCCUCGAUACACCAUACCCAACUGUGCCUCAGAAGCACAUGGAUGACCGCGUGAUCAAACUUCACGCUGGAAAUGUGCUCUCUGGAUCUAGCGCGGCGAAUGCAGGGUUCUGGAUGCGGCCGGAUAGGAAAGAUCUAGAUCUCUGGGCUGGACAUCUGGAUGGCGAAGAGGGCAGUGAGCGCUGGACGUAUCAAGGUCUUUUGCCCCAUCUCAAGCGAAUUGAGUCGCACUGGGACCGCGAGGGUAGUGAUCGCGAAGCUCAUGGAUUUGAUGGGCCGUUCAAGACGAGAACGAGUCCUGAGCUUCCGCUACGACAGCCUAUUCACGAUGGGCUUGUCUCGCUGGGUUUUGAAGAUAAUCCGGACAAUCUGAAUGGCACUCCGUUCGGGAUUGGCAGGCAUUGUGAUAACUGGACUCCGCUGAGACAGCCAGCUGCAGCGGUUUAUGAUCUUUCGGGUGUGAGUGUCAUCACGAAUGCUACGAUCCACAAGAUCUUGCUCGAGAAGAAAUACGGUCAAGAUGUCAGGGCAACGGGCGUCCAACUCGUCGACGGAAGAAAGUUCCUCGCCUCGAAAGAAGUCGUCCUCAGCUGUGGCGCAUAUCGCACGCCUCAGAUCUUAUUGCUAAGCGGCAUUGGUCCUGCAGAAGACCUCUUCCGUCACGGCAUCGAAACCAUCGUGGACAGUCCACACGUCGGCAAGACCUUCUUCGAUCACUCCGGCAUCUUCAUCCCCUGGAAACUAGACAGCGCCGCAGCCGAAGCCGGGCUCGCCAUGGGCCACCCGAAAUACAUGGCCAACCCGUCCUUCAAAGGAGCCACUCCAAUCGACUGGAUGACCAUCGGCGCCCUAGAUCCCUCCGCCCUUCAAAAGCAGCUACAAAAAGACUCCCCCACCGCCUCAAUCUCACCCACUCAUCCUUUACUGGCUCACCGAGCCCACUACUGGCUCGCAACAACCUACUACGCCUCCGGAUCCAUCUCCGGCGAAGGAAUGCAAGAAAUUCCCUUCGAUGGGAACUACAUCACCUUCAGCACGCUGAAUUUCCUGCCCACGUCUCGCGGGACGAUUACGUUAUCUUCUUCGAAUCCGCUCGAUUACCCGGUAUGUGAUCCGAAUUACUUCGCUACGGAACACGAUCGCUUCGUCCUUAGAGAGGGAAUCAGACAAAUUCUCCGCCUCGCCCAAUCCGAACCUCUACAGCCCUACCUCUCCCCAACAGACCAACUCGCUCCAACCAACUUCCCGCCCCUCUCCCUAUCCACCACGGACGCCGACCUCGACGCCCGCGUCCGCCGCUCGGCCAUAACGAUCCAUCACGGUAUGGGCUCUGCGUCCAUGGGGAAAGUCGUCGAUGCGAAGCUGAGGGUGAAGGGGGUUAGGGGUUUGAGGGUUUGUGAUGCGAGUGUUUUUCCUGGCCCGUUGAGUGCGACGCCGCAGGCGGUGGUUUAUGCUGUUGCGGAGAGUUGUGCGGAGAUGAUGGUGGGGGAGUUGGCGUGA